AUGAGCAGGAGGAUUACCGAAGCAGACCAAACCAAGCUCAUGAGAAAUGCACUUUCUCAUGGUUUGAAUGUUUGCUUCUCUGAGAAGGUCCAUAACAAACUGGAUUUUGGAUGGCACUGCUCUGUCAUCAUCAAGCUUAUGGGUAAGCCUAACUCUACAAAUACUUUCGAUUUCAUUCUUAAGAGUCUGAGACGCAAAUGGCAGACUAAAGGAGGUUGGCAACUUGUGGACUUGCCUAAUGAUUAUUUCAUUGUCAAGUUUAAUCUAGAAGAUGACAUGAAUGAGGUUUUAUGUGGAGGGCCUUGGAUUAUCGCUGGUCAGACCUUGAUUGUUAGGAAAUGGAGCUCAGAUUUUAAUCCUGAAACUGAUGUUAUUGGCAAAAUGGCACUGUGGAUUCGAAUAUGUGGUUUACCUGUUAAAUUUUUUAAACCCUAUGCUAUUGAGAAAAUAGGCAAAAUCCUAGGUGAUGUUGUUAAGGUUGAUCCAAUCACUUUAGGCCAAGCUAGAGGCAAGUUUGCCAGAGUCUGUGUUGAAGUGGAUUUAGGUAAACCUCUUAAGCCUUUUGCGGAAAUGGAGUCAGUUGCCUACAGUGUCAUUUAUGAAGGCAUUUCUCUUAUUGGCUUUGAGUGUGGUUGCUUUGGUCACUCCAAAGAUAAGUGUCCUUCUAUUAUUGUCUCUCCUGCUGUGAAUCCUUCCUCAGGUGACCCUAAUUGCUCUUCUGCUACUUCUAAUUCUGCUGGAAAUGUUGAGAUGACUAAUGAGAUGGAGGCUCGCAAUGAGACACCCUCAGUAAUUAAGGACGAUAUGGGCACCUGGAUGCUUAUGAACUACAGAAAUAAGAAGAAAGCCUCUAAGCAUGGAGGUACUGUGAAAAGUCCUAUCAAGGGCUCAAGAUUUUCUGUCCUUCGCGAUGAAAUUGCCAAUGCUACUAAUGAACCUGGAACCAUUGCUGACUCUUCAAAAAACCCUCCAGCUUCUCCUAUU